GUCUAACCCUACGACAUCACGACAGCAUUCAAGAUGGGUAAGCAGAAUUCCAUACCUUUGCGUUUAAACUGGACGACACUUGCACCGGCGGGUCUGAGCACUUUUCCUUCCUACGGCUCUCGAAACGACGCUAUCUAGACCGGCUCUAUAAUAGUCGAAGAAUGGGUAUGGUUGCAAGAAAAUAGGGUGGAGGAAUGACGGUCUUUGUGGCGCUGGAUUGUCUGGAUAAGAGACGACUGUCAACUCCGAAUAUCUGCAAUCCUUCCGCGAUCCAAACCGCGACACUUCAGGCGCUUCUCCGGCUCUCUUCGCCAAUCCUGGAUCCUCUGUUGCAAUUUCACCGACAGAAACCGUCUAUCACAUCGUAUUGGGAGGAAGUUCAAGGAUGCUAACGUCUACUCCCACAGGUCGUCUCCAGGAAUACCAGGUCAUUGGGCGCCAUCUGCCCAGCGAGGCCAACCCCGCCCCCAAGCUGUACCGGAUGCGCAUCUUUGCUCCUAACACUGUUGUUGCCAAAUCGCGAUUCUGGUACUUCCUCGGAAGACUGCGUAAGAUCAAGAAGGCGAACGGCGAAAUUGUCUCCCUGAACCAGAUCCACGAGAAGCGUCCCCAGAAGGUCAAGAACUUCGGCAUCUGGAUCCGCUACGACUCACGCUCUGGCACCCACAACAUGUACAAGGAGUACCGUGAGAUGUCGCGAACUGAAGCCGUGGAUGCUCUCUACCAGGACAUGGCCGCACGUCACCGAUCUCGUUUCAGGUCAAUUCACAUCCUCAAGGUUGUUGAGGUUGAGAAGGCCGCAGACAUCCGCCGUCCAUACAUCAAGCAGCUCCUGACCAAGGAUCUGAAAUUCCCUCUCCCACAUCGCGUUGGCCGUAGCGCCAGCAAGAAGAUCUUCACUGCUCACCGACCCUCGACUUUCUACUAA